AAAGAAAGGCAAGAGAGUGGACAAAACUUAAAAGAGACGGGUGGCGAAAGCCCGAAGAGGAAAAUCCAUUGAAAGAAUUAUAGUCAGGCGUCACCUCGGCGUAUUGUUAUCCGACUUCAUAAGCAAGAUGCCAUUGCCGGCUUUCGUCUCAAGCAUUACGCUUGUUCAUUCUCCUUCAAGCUUCUUUCUCCUCUCCAAAUUAUCCAGGCCGAGAAUGUCCUCGCCCACAUCUCCUUCGGUUUCGAUUCCUAUUCCUCAAAAUCGCGUGGUUCUUGGUGUUGGUACUGUGUCUGUUGAUUUUUUGGCGGCAGUGACUUCUUAUCCAAAUCCUGACGACAAAAUUAGAACCACUAGCUUAAAGGUACAAGGUGGGGGAAAUGUAGGGAAUGCUUUAACUUCUGCAGCUCGGUUGGGUUUAACAGCACGGAUAAUUUCCAAGGUUGCAAAUGAUAGUCAAGGAAGGAGUAUAUUGGAAGAGCUAGAAGCUGAUGGCGUCGAUACAUCUUUUCUUGUAGUUUCUGAAGGGGGUAUUUCACCAUUUACCUAUGUUAUUGUGGAUAAUAAAACACACACUCGUACAUGCAUCCACACCCCUGGUUCUCCUCCCAUGGUGCCAGAUGACCUUUCACGAUCAAGUUUGUUGUCUGCUUUAGAUGGUGCUAGAAUUGUAUAUUUUGACGCAAGAUUGUAUGAAACUGCUCUGGUUGUUGCGCAAGAGGCCGCUCGGCAGAAUAUACCUGUCUUGGUCGAUGCAGAAAGGAAAAGGGAAGGUCUGGAUGAUCUCCUGACAUUUGCCAAUUAUGUUGUCUGCUCAGCAAAAUUUCCACAGGAAUGGACAGAGGCACCAUCGAUUCCAUCUGCACUUGUUUCCAUGCUUCUUCGACUUCCAAAACUCAGAUUUGUGAUUGUCACCUUGGGUGAAAAUGGAUGCAUAAUGCUCGAAAGAAUUACUAAUGAAACACCUGAUCAGUUAGAAGAGUUUGAAGUAGACAGCUUACUUGAAGUGAUCAAGGGCAGAAAGGACAAGAACAUAAAUAUUCCAACUUCUGUUUCAUCGCCAGUGGCCAAAUUGAGAGCUGAGGGGAUAGGGACAGUUUGCGGCAGGCUGUUGCUCGGAACAGCUGAGAAAAUUCCAGAGUCCGAGAUUGUCGAUACAACUGGUGCUGGAGAUGCUUUCAUUGGAGCAGUUCUUUAUGCCUUAUGUGCCAACAUGCCACCAGAGAAGUUGUUGCCAUUUUCUGCCCAGGUGGCUGCUGGAUGUUGUCGGGCUUUGGGUGCUCGAAGCGGUCUUCCAUAUCGUACCGAUCCAUGCUUAGCAUCUUUCUUACAAUAAAUAUUUGCUAAUAGAUCAUAUCAUUAACUCACACGUGAAUCUAUAUUCUCAGCCCACUACGUUAACUCGAUUUUAAGGUGUUACCUUAUCUGAAACGUAUUUCAACCCAAAGCAAGAAUUUUGAUAUAGUAGCAGCGCCUUUGAGUUUGGUU